ACCGAAAACCGACAACUGCCGUCCAUUCAUAGCCCCAUUGCCACUCAGCUAGAGUGGAGAGUGCCGCCAAACAACCCCCGCAUACACGCCGGGCCAGACGCAGAUCAGAGUCAGUCCGAGACCAAGUGAGAUCUGGCGAGAACGUUUUCGUGAAAGUGUUUCGUUAUUUAUUCGCGUUUCCCCGAGCGAGAGGUUUUUGCGCGUUCUGAGGUGGAAAUUACCCCACUCGCAUAACCCCAAACAUAUCCCACAGUUUCGCCGGGGCGUGGGGGGAAGAAGAUUUUACGUUCUAUAAUGACUCGGAAAAAUAUCCCUCAGAGCAUUUCGAACUGCGGCGGGCAACGGUCAAGCGAUCGGCGCGAGUGUUUAUUCUGAUUCCACUGAGGAUCGAUCGGUCGACAAUUCUUUUUCAAUAUACAAAACAUACAUAAAUAUAUACAUAAGUAUCAGCAGUGUGUGUGAAAUGUUGGUUCGAUUGGGUUCCCUUAGGCCACGGGCUGGGUGCUGAGAAGAACAUGGGAAAAACGGCCGCCAAGGAUUCGCCAAAGAAACUACAACGAAAUUAACAAAAAAAUCGAAACCGAAAAGGAACAAGUUUAAAAAGCCAAAAUAAAAAGUGAACAAAGAGGAGUCAGUCGCGCGACUCGCAGUUCCAACCUCAACAUCAACCUCAACAUCAGCCUCGACUUUGACUUUGACUUCGACUUCCACUUGGUCUUGGUCUUGGGAUCUUAAGAAGCAGAACAGAUGAGGCAGAACUCUCUCAGGAACUUGGGAUAUUCUGCUGGUGGUGGUGGUGCCGCUGCUGCUGGGAUUCUGAUUAAAGCGCGCGUUUAAUUUCAUUUUUUACGCUACUCCCUGCCCCCCGAAAGCCAGGCUGGGACUCCACCCUUGGCGGAAGGCUUUUGAUUCGCUGUUCAACUUUUUGGCCUGAACUUUUGCUUUGUCUCGCACGCCGUUCGUUUGGCUGGAACCUGGCCCGACGACUCCUUGGCUGGCUGGCUCCUUGGGCGCUGCUCAGUACGCCGGCAGCUUUCUCCGUGUGCGUACGAGACUCACGCAGCCGCAGCAACAGCAGCAACAGCAGCAGCAUCGGCAACACCGGCAACAGCAGCACUGAUCUGAGCCAGUUGCCACAAAAAAAGUGAAAGAAAUCGCGUAAAAAACAGAAGAGGCAGCGAAAGAUCAUCGGCGAAAGAUCGGUUCACAUCGGAUCGGAUCAGGCAGCGAUCAUGUCGCCUGACCUCGUCAAGUGCACUGAGCUGCCAACCGCCGACUUCCCCCCAGAGUUCCAGUAAAAACCAACCCACAAAAACGCAAAAAACACAAAAAAGAACACCGUGAGUCGCUUGAUUAAUUCGCACACGUCAACGAUAUUCAAACAAGCAUCUCGUGUACUCAUCGUGGCCGCAAUAAAAACGGCUUUAACUUUAACUGCCUGCCAAAAAAAUAUAUAACACUUAAACACAGAGAGAGAGAUACACACAGAAACAUACAGAGAUCAUACGAGCACGAACGGGCCAGAGUUUGGUUUGUUGCCGCUGCAUUUGGCGGCUUCAAUCGAUAUGCGUUUGUUCAUGGUAAUUGCAAUUUUAAUAUUCGCAAUGCCAAUGACUGGAUUCGGCUGGGCCGAGGGCACAAACAUCCUACUCGAUCCGAAUCUAAUGUGCAAAAAGACACGUCGUCUGCGUGGAAAGCUGGCCGAGAUCUGCCGUCACGAUUCGGCCCUGCUCAAAGAGAUCAUCAAUGGCAUUAAUCUGGGAUUCCGCGAAUGCGAAUUUCAAUUUCGUAAUCGCCGCUGGAACUGCACUGUUCUGCGCAAGAGCAUGAGGAAAAUAUUAAUGCGCGACUCCCGCGAGACAGGCUUCGUGAAUGCCAUAACAGCCGCUGGAGUUACCUAUGCCGUGACCAAGGCCUGCACCAUGGGCCAGCUGGUGGAAUGCUCCUGCGACAAGUCCCACAUGCGACGUAAUGGCGGGCAGCCCCAGAUGGUGAAUGCCGCCACCGCGGAAGCGGCGCUGGAGCGGCAGCAGCGUCAGCAGUUGCCCCUCGAGGAGCAGCAGCAGUACCAGCGGCGCCAGCGGGUCCUCAACAACGGCAGCAGCCUGACGGAUCUGUCGCCGCUGGAGCGUCUGGGCAGGAACCGCAAGCCGGGGGGCAAGCGCGGGCGUCGCAAGUUCUGGGACAACAUCAAGUUCCCGCAGGGCGAGUGGGAGUGGGGCGGCUGCAGUGACAAUGUGAACUUUGGCCUGCGCCACUCGCGGGUUUUCCUGGAUGCAAAGCAGCGGCAGCGGCGCAGCGAUCUGGGCACCUUGGUGAAGCUGCACAACAACAAUGCGGGCAGAUUGGCCAUUCGCGAUGCCAUGCGACUGGAGUGCAAAUGCCACGGCCUGUCCGGCUCCUGCACCGUGAAAACAUGCUGGCUGAAGAUGCCACCGUUCCGGGAGGUGGCCGCACGCCUGCGCGAGAGAUACGACAGUGCCCGCAAGGUGGCGCUGCGGAACGAUGGCAACAGCCUGAUGCCCGAGAUGCCGCACACGCGGCAGGCGAACAAGUACCAGCUGGUGUUUGCCGACGACUCACCCGAUUUCUGUGCACCCAAUCCCAAGACGGGGGCCCUGGGCACACAGGAUCGGGAGUGCAAUGCCACCAGCUACGGCUACGAUAGCUGCGAUCAUCUGUGCUGCAGUCGGGGCCACAAGCAUCGCGUGGUGGCCGAGUACACCAACUGCAAGUGCGUCUUCAAGUGGUGCUGCGAGGUGACCUGCGAAAAGUGCCUCGAACAUCGGGAGGUCAACACUUGCCUCUGAUUAUCAUUAUCAUUAUCAUUAUUAUUUUGUAUUAUUGAAAGCUUUCCAUUUCGCGUGAUAGAAAACACAUACAGAGCAGAGUCCAUUCUUAAGUAUUAACUAACCGUAACACGAGUAUCUCUAAUCCCUUAGACAGUUGUACAUAUACCACCACGAUCGCCCACAAUCACAUCAGUCCUCUGGCAUCUAUGUAAGCUUUGUAAAUAGUUGUAAUAAAAGCCAAGAAAAAACUAAA